AACUGGAUUGAUAGAAUUCAGAAAUAUUUCGAUAGGUAUUUAUUUUGUUUCACCGAGUAGAAACCAUAAGUAUAUCUGAAGGCAAUGGCGACAUUAUUGAUUAAUUUUUUAAAACUAGUUUAAUUAAAUUUAUGUGUAAUACUUUUAAAUCAACAAUAAAACUCAUAAAAUCAUGACACAUAAUAUAAAAGUGGAGGAUCUAUGCCGAACUUGUCUUACAAAGGAGAUUGACUUGAUAUCUGUUUACGAAAUUUACACCGGUUCCGUAACAUUAGAGAGCAUCUUAUCUACGUUGACCGGUCUUAAGAUAGAAUCAGGAGAUGGGCUGCCCUCGACUGUAUGUGUCGCGUGUAAGGACAGGGCUACAAACGCGUAUGACUUCAGGCAACAAUCCAUACAGGCUGAUGCUAAAUUGCGUAAACUACACAGAAAUUGCAAAGUUGAACCCGUUGAACCUUUAGCGAACAACAAUGAAUGUGUAAAAACAGAACAGUUUGGUAUUGGGGAUCGAGAUGACUAUUUGGACAUUGAAUUUGGGUUGGAUUUUGCAAAUGGCUCUGAUUCCUUUGAUGAUGUCAAGAAUGAAGCAGAUAUUAAUUCAAAAGAUGACUUAUUAUUGUUAGAGCAAAAUGAAAAAAAACCCGCUGUGUCAGAAAAACCUUCUGUUGCAAUAGAUCCAAGAGACACGAGCGGCACAUAUUGCCCACUAUGUGCAACAAGCUACGGCAAUGCAGAGGGGCUGACGAGUCACAUGUGGGAGCACCAUGCUGAUAUCAUGGGGCCCAAAAAGAGAGGACGGCCAAAGAGGCUCGGCACUACGGCCAUACUCAACAAACUAUCAGAGAAUGGAGUCCACGUGAAGUGGGUGACGGACAUGAAGUUUGACUGCAACUUCUGCAAUCAACAGUUUCGCUCUAAAGAAGAUCUUGAUACACACAUUGUUGCCUCGCAUAAAGACCUAAAACUAGUGAACUGCCUGAUGUGCAAGAAGAUGUACCUGAAACGAGAGGACUUUGAGAAACACAACUGUCAGUACAAUAAGGAUGAUAAGGCUGAGGGUACGGCAGAAGAUUCAGACGUGAAUAGAAAUGCGCUCAGCGGCGAAGUGCUGCUGCAAGAAGUCAUAUCACAAAUACCUGAAACUGACUGCGUGUCGGACAUAUGCACGUGCGAGUGCUGCGGCUGCGUGUGCGCCGGGCAGGAGCAGCUCGCGCGGCACAAGGACGACGAGCACCCGGAGCUGUCGCCGCGCUGCCAGCUGUGCUACAAGGUGUUCGCGUCGCUCAAGUCUGCUGCCCGACACCGCGCUACAUGCAAGCAGCGCGAGCGCACGUUCUCGUGCGAGACGUGCGGCGCGCGGUUCGCGCACGAGGUGUCGCUCAACAAGCACAUCCUGCGCUCGCACCGCGGCCAGACCGUCAGCGUGCGCUUCGGCGAGCGGCCGCGCUCCUACCGCUGCGAGACCUGCGCCACCAAGUUCUGUCGGAAGGACUUACUAGCGAGACACGUGAAGAUUCACAAACCGUCAGAGAAAGUGUUCGAAUGUGAUACGUGUAAAAAGAAAUUCCACAGGCGGAGCAACCUACGCACGCACAUGCGCGUGCACGAGCCGGGCGGCGGCAGCACUAGCGCGUGUCUCUGCCUGUACUGCGGGCGCGGGUUCUCCAACUCGUCCAACCUGAUCGUGCACAUGCGCAGACACACGGGCGAGAAGCCGUACAAGUGUGACUUUUGUGGCAAGGGAUUCCCUCGCUCGUCGGACUUGCAGUGCCACAGGCGGUCGCAUACCGGUGAAAAACCCUGUAUAUGUGGAGUUUGCGGAAAAGGUUUCUCUCGCAGCAACAAGCUGUCCCGGCACAUGCGCGUGCACACGGGCGUGAAGCCGUACAAGUGCGUGUACUGCGAGAAGGCGUUCUCGCAGAGCAACGACCUGACGCUGCACGUGCGGCGGCACACCGGCGACAAGCCGUACGUGUGCGAGCUGUGCGGCGAGCGGUUCAUACAGGGCACAGCACUCCACAACCACCGGCGCGCGCACGGCCACUACGCGGAAGGCACAGCGCCGAUCCCCGUCACAUACACAGUACAGAACAUCACGCAAAACUGAUUGCUGCUCGUUUGGGUUGGCGACGCCUGCCCGGUGAUACGGAUAUAGCCGAAUGUAAAAACAAAUAGGAAAUAAUUUUUCGAUACUAGUUCGGGUUGGCGACCCCUGCCCGGUACUACGAUAAUAGAUUGAGGACAGCUGAGUGUAAAAAUUACUACUAAAAAAGCGACAACCUUCUCGUUUGGGUUGGCGACGCCUAUCUCGUAAUAUGACAAGGACAGCUGAGAGGAAGUUUCUAAGAAAUAGUUAGUCGAUGCUAGUUUGGGUUGCCGUUUGGAAUAUAGCGUGAUGAUGGGUUGAGGACCGCUGAGCGCGAUUUCAAUUUAACGUAUUGGUUCACGGCGAUUGUGAACUCAUUGUGUGAAAAGGUUGACGAUACCUGAUUGUAAAUACGAUUUAACUUAUAGGUUGAUGACACCUGAAUUUAAUUUCAAUUUGUCGUACAGGAUGACGACGCCUGAAUAUAAAAAUAUUGGAUUUGAGUAUAUGUUAACAAUACCGCAUUGUGAAUACGACGCAAGAUAUAGGUUGACGACGCUUGGGUAAAUGGUUGGAAAAUGGUUCAUGAUACACAUUAAAAAUGGCAUAGAGUUGUGUAAACCCAAUAAAAGAUUGAAAGAAAAAAAUGAAUAUUACGUUCGCGAAUAUUAUUUCUACUUCUUUUAUUGAGACAACGAAACUUUUUUUAGUAUAUAAGAAUAAUAAAUCGAAUAUUCUGUUACCAUAAACCUAUCACAUAAAUAAGCAAUAAUAUGCCUUAUUCUAAAAUCACGAACGAAGCUGUGUGCAUAUCUUAGCAAUAAUGAUUAAUAUACUUAGUUAAAAAAAGCUUAAAAAUCAUGAAAUUAUUGUAUUGUCACCGAUCCGUGAUAAGUGUACCUUGUUUGAUUUAAAUUUGUCAAUUAAAGGGUGGUUUUCCACCAAUCAUAUCGCUUCAUUUAGUUUGAAGUUUAGCGAUAGUAUUAUUUGUUAUUUACAAACAUUCCUCGCUACACAUACUCGCACAUUAUUGGUGG